AUGCAUCCGAUCAAUAUUCUGCUCGUGUUCUUCGUCGGUUAUUUAACUUUAUUGACAAUGACUUAUGCACUUUCGAUUAAUACUCAUCAGCAACGACCAUCGUCACUUGCUGACACGCGUGUUAAACGUUCAUUAGAACACAAACGUUUCUACGAUUUUGGCGCUCGCUCAGUUCAUAAUGAUGAAUUGGAAGAAGUCAACGAUGCGUUCAAUCGCCUUCGACGUUUCUAUGAUUUCGGCGCAAAGAAACGUUUUUAUGAUUUUGGUUCCAAAAAGAAGCGUUCAAAUGAAUAA